UAUCACCAUUCUCCUCUAUCCUCUCUUGAUGGGCUGUUCCGGAUGUAACGCCUACCUCCCUCCUCUCCUGUGAUCCUCUUAUGUACUAGAAGGCGGCUAAGAUGGAUACUGUAAACCAGUUGGUGGCAACAGGGCAGUUUGGUGUCAUCAAGCAACCCCUGGCAUUUAUAAAGAUUUUACAAUGGAUAUUUUCCAUCUUUGCCUUCUCCACGUGCGGUGGCUACUCGGGCAAGUUCGAGCUGAGCGUGGAGUGCAAGAAUCGGUCAGAGAGUGACCUGGCAUUAGAGGUGGAGUUUGCAUACCCCUUCAGGCUGCACCAGGUGUACUUUGACGCGCCCACCUGCAGGGGGGAGAAACCCGAGCGGCUCUUCCUGGAGGGAGACUACUCGGGCUCGGCCGAGUUCUUCGUCACCAUUGCGGUCUUCUCAUUCCUCUACUCCAUGGUUGCCAUCGCCGUGUACCUGUUCAUCAUGGAGAAGUACAAGGAGAACAAUAGGGGCCCUCAGGUGGAUUUUGUCGUCUCGGCAGUAUUCACCUUCAUGUGGCUGGUCUGCUCCUGUGCCUGGGCGAAGGGCCUGUCCAACGUCAAGGUGGCCACAGACCCCGAAAACGUCAAGACGCUCAUUGAAGCCUGCGACCGGGAGGAGAACCGCUGCCGUGAGGUUGCCGACCCGGUGGUGUCCGGCCUCAACACUUCAGUGGCAUUUGGCUUCAUCAAUCUGAUCCUGUGGGGAGGGAACCUGUGGUUCAUCUUCAAGGAGACGGGUUGGAUGGGUGCCUUCGCUGGCACCUAUGUGCCCUCGGGCGAGAAGCCCCCCGCGCCCGACGCCUUCGGCCAGCAGCAGGGCUACGGGGAAGGCUACGGCCAGCAGGACCAAUACGCUGGCUCCCAGGGCGGGUAUCAGCCCGAAUACGGCCAGGAAGGCGGUUACAGCGAGGGGGGCUACAACCAGGGCGGCUAUGAACAGGAGCCUACUUCCUUCUCCAAUCAGAUGUGAGCCUGGAGGACGAUUGACGGCUCUGUUGAGGGGGUGGAGUUAUAAUUACAGCAUGUGGGACCUGCCAGCUACCCACAAAUCCUCACUCCUCCAUCUGUCUGUUUGUUUAUAUGUAAGCUGACCAAUGAAUGAGGGAGGGAAAGGGGGACAGGGGAUCUGACAUUCCUUUUAUAAAAGGUGUAGCCUGAUGGAAUUGGAAAGAGUCCUUGUUUUGAUGCGAUGUAGAGCUAUUCCAGUUUGCAUCUGAGUUUGAGUGGAUGUGCCACUUAUUAAGGCUGAUUCACCCAACCUCUCACCGAGUCAGUUGCUAUCUAGCAUAAUAUUCAACCACAGGAACAAGCUAGCGCUUAUAUAAGCUGACAAAGAAGAAACUUGAAUACUCUACCAAACAUGGAUAGAUCUAUAUCUAAAAAGGGGAUAAUUUAAUUGAAGGAUGAGAGCUAUAGUAAUCUUGGGAGAGUGUAUUUGUGCUGUGUAAAUAUCAAUAUUAUAAAUACUGAUUUAAAUUCAACUGAUGUGUAUUGACAGUUGAAUAGUUUUGUACUCAAUAUAAGCUCUUAAGCAAACUAUGUUGAGGUCAGAAAUAUUCAACACAAGUUGUAUUUGUAGCAGCCUGUAGUUCAGUCCACCUUUCAUUUUUCAAAAAUAACUUUUUUGUUUGUUUUUAAUUUAUUUAUUUAUUUGUUUGUUUUAUUUGUUUGUUUGUUUGUUUGUGUAUUGAUUUUGUUUUCAUGCUAUCAUUUUGCAAACAUCUGGUGUGUUCAUUUUAGAGGAAGCAACUUUUUCAUUCUUCUUUUUUUAUUGUUGUGACUGUUUGUUGGGAUGAGCCAUUGUAGAUGAAACAAGAGUUAAAGAGCAAAAAGGAAGUGUUAUAGAGAAAUAGCUAAAAUAAGAUCUGAGAAGAGAAGAGAAGAGAGGAGAAGAACAUGAGGUAGAGGAGAAUGAUACAGUGAGGUAUGCAGAACAGGCACUGGUGGAUUAUCUGAGCUGCAGCUGAAACGUACAGCAUUGACUUACAGGGUUUACUGUCUGUGAUGAAUGAAUCUUGUCUUAUUUAUAUUAUAAGUGGCAUCUGUAUCAUCUAGAACCAUUGUGUCGUCUUUUAUAUUUGAUUCCUGAACUAUUAUUGUUCUGCAGACAACUGUACACAGAAUGACUGAACACCUCCACAGAAGCUGAAAUGUAACAGGCACACAAACUGGAGAACAUCAGCAAAAGUAACUAGCAUGGUCUUAUGUAUGGUAUGCUUUAACAACCUGCUAUGCUCUUGCCAUUGAUGGUCUAUAAGAGAACUUGUCAUUUUCAGACAAGGCAGAUACGAAAUCCUUUAGUAUUUUUAUGGCUUACAAACUUUUUAUUCUUGUUACAGUAUAUUGGGGGUGUCUUUUUGCUCUCUAGAUGUCGACUGUGCCAGGCCAGUCUCUACUCCUUAAGCGUGGACUGCAUGUGUUUACCUCCUCUCUGUCAUAUAACUCAAAGGAGUCACAGCAUGUCAAUAGAACCAGCAAAAAAAAAAAAAACCAGCUUCACAGAGACAGCCUGACAACACUAACUAGUUGCAUUAUACGAUCCCUUUAUGCAAUGAAUGUAGAGUGAAACUGCAGUGUAUUGGGCCCACAGACAUGCUGACAACACUGGCUGUCGCUUCCAUGUCAUGUGCCUCAGGCACAUUGAACAGUGCUGCGCUCAAUAAACUCACCCUAUUGAUUGUCACAGUAUCAUAGUAAUCGCUCAUCACAGACCUUCAUGUCUGUCUCUACCUCCCCUCUGCAGUUAUUACUCAGUAUUUGUACUUUCACAGACAUGCAUGUUUCUGAGAAGGGUCUGGCAUGAAAGGAGAGGAACAGAGGGUGUUGUCCCUGCAAGCAAACUCAUUUUGCAUCUACUGUGGUUAUUGGAUGUACACAACAUCAGCUUAGUAACAAACGGAAGGGUUGUCAGGGCAACCAAUGCAGAUCCUCCCAUCACACAGCAUUGCACAGAACAUCAGGGCAUCAACAAACGGAAGGGUUUCCGUGGCAACUGGACUUUUACAGAACAAUCAAUGCCUUUUGAUCUGGCCACUCAUCUUCUCUCUUCAAACUUUCACACUACCAUUCAAGACAUACAGAAAUACUCUAUAUAAUCUGCUACAACAAUGCAGACAACCACACAUACAUGCUCAACACACAUACGCACCCACACACAAACACGUGCACUCACAUACACACAACUCUACAUAUUCUCUCUUCUCAUUCUCUCUGUGUAAGUCUUUACAAAUAUGGUAAAUAAAAAUAAAAAAAACACUUAAUUCUUAGUGGAUGACGUUUCGUGAUACUCUCAACAGGUUCAGGUAGUGUUGUGUUAUUGUAUAUGAAGUAUUCUUAUUAGUUUUAUUGAUAAUUAUCUUCAUCCAGAGGGAAGAUUAUCCAAGAUUCUGCAGAAACUGUGUACUUACCUGAUGGAAUCCAUGUGAAACAAAAUCAAAUAAACUUUACAUUAUUACAUUGAA